AUGAAGAAACUCUUCUCGAGCAUUAUCAAACCACCAUGUACUGUGGAUAUUGAGUUGGAUCCUUCGGAGAAGUUUAAAAACGCCAUCAUUGAAAUGAAUAAUCCAAAAGAUAGAUUUGGAUUGGAAGGUGUUGAACAAAAGCUUAUGGUUUUUGAUAGAGACGAUCCUAUUCAAGGAAAGGUUAAAGUUACUGUAGAUAAGCCUUUUGAUCACUUGGGAAUUACUAUUGAAUUAAUUGGAGAAAUUGUUUCAUUUGUUGAAGGAAAGAAUGUAACUACUUUCCUUUCAAUUUCAAAGGAGCUUGCUCCAGCAACAGCACCAAACAUGAACUUGUCCCGAGAUGCCGAAUAUGAAUUUUGCUUUAAGAGUGUGGACAAGGAAUGGGACAGUUAUCGUGGAAUUAAUGUUGAUGUGAGAUAUUUCUUGAGAGUAACAGUUAAUAGAUCCAUGAAAGUUAUCAAUACAAUUGUGAAGGAACUCGAAUUCUGGGUUCAAAAGAUUGUGGAAAAACCAAGUAAUGAAGAUCCAGGUAUUGGAAUGGAAGUUGGUUUGGAAGGUAUUGUCCUGUUAAGUAUCAAAUAUCAUAGUGUUUAUCAUGAUCUUAAGAAUGGGUGUAUUUUGGGAGAAUUACAAUUCUUCUUGGUCAAUGUUAAAAUUGACAAGGCAGAAGUUAGUAUCAUCAGAAAGGAAACACUAAUUGGUACACCAAGCUUGCAAGGAACAACACCACAAACUACCACAAAUAACGGAUUAGUUGAAGGGCAUUCGGAACAAGAAGUUCUUCACAAAUUUGAAAUUAUUGAUGGCACUCCAGCUAAAGAUGAAAAGGUUCCAGUCAGACUUUUCCUUAAAGCUGUUGAUCCAUGGAAGAUGACAAGUACAUGUGAAAAUGUCAACAACAAAUUCAAUGUUAAAUAUUUCAUUCACUUGGCAUUGUGUGACACCAAGGGAAGAAGAUUCUUCAAACAACGAGAAAUUGUACUCUAUCGUAGUGGUAUUUAA